AUGAGUUCGGCCUCUUCCAAGGACUACGACUAUUUAUUCAAAUUGGUGCUGGUUGGGGAUAGCGGAGUAGGAAAGUCGUGCCUGUUGCUAAGAUUUGCCGACGAUUCGUUUACAGACAGCUAUAUAACGACCAUUGGCGUAGAUUUCAGAUUCAGGACUAUAAAGGUGAAUGACAAGCGUGUAAAGCUACAGAUCUGGGAUACCGCCGGUCAGGAGAGGUUCCGUACCAUCACUAGUACCUAUUAUAGGGGCGCUGAUGGAAUAGUAUUGGCGUACGACCUCACUGACAAGUCUUCGUUUGAUCAUAUAAGUGACUGGUUAGCAGAGGUUGAUAAGUAUGCUGCUGAGGACACUUGUAAACUAUUGGUUGGAAAUAAAUCGGAUAUCCAGGAAAACAGAGAUGUUGAUCCUUCUGAUGUAAAGCGUCUCUCGGAAUUAGUUAAUAUCCCCGUAAUGGAAGUAUCCGCAAAGACGGGGGAGAAUGUGGAAAAGGCAUUCUUUUCAAUUACUGAAAGAUUGGUGGAGUUGAAAAUGAAGGGAGAGCCAGAGGAAAGUGAAAACCGUAUAUCUUUAAGUUCUUAUAGAGGUAAUUUUGUAUUGUAA